AUGGAGUUCUCAGUGUCUCCUUUUCUAGAGCCCGGCGAGCGCACCAAAGCCGGCUCCCUUGCCAUUGUCAGCUUGGCGCGUGAUGACUUUGACCCUCUUCUCCUCGAAAAGUCUUCUGGCGCAGUCGACGGAUACGCAGAGGGAGCAACGUUAAACACAAGAUUCGGCUCGUUUCCGCACUCGACGCUCCUAGACAUACCCUGGGGCUCGCAAGUUCGCGCAUCGGCAGUCGAUACCGGAUCACGAGGUCGCAAACGACGCUUAGAGACCACCGACGACGACACACCGGCCGCAAGCCAAGACGAGAACAGCAAGGCACCGGUGAUAAGAGCCACUCUGGCCAGCAGUGGCUUCAUUUAUAUCCUGCGACCAUCUCCCGAGCUCUGGACGAGCAGCUUGCCGCAUCGAACCCAAGUUGUCUAUACACCCGACUACAGCUACAUCCUGCAACGGAUACGAGCUCGACCCGGCACCAGAAUAAUAGAGGCCGGCGCCGGAAGCGGCAGCUUCUCGCAUGCUUCGGCACGAGCAGUGUAUAAUGGCUACCCCAAAGACGAGACCGAUACAAGGGGCAAAGUAUUUAGCUUUGAGUUCAACGAGGACCGAUUCCACAAGAUGGCCGAGGAGAUUGAAAGCCAUUUCCUGACGGGCAUUGUGCAAAUACAACACCGAGAUGUAUAUAGAGACGGAUUCUUGGUGGACGGAAAAUCACCAAAUGCGACAGCGAUUUUUCUCGAUUUGCCAGCCCCGUGGAAAGCUCUCCAGCAUCUCUCACGGCGCGGCGGCGCCUCACCUCUGGACCCCAAGCAGUCGGUCCAUAUCUGCACAUUUUCACCUUGCAUUGAGCAAGUAUCAAGAACAGUCACUGAGCUGCGAACGCUAGGAUGGACUGACGUCGACAUGGUCGAGAUUUCACAGCGCCGCCUCAACGUCACUCGUGAGCGGGUCGGCGUCAAUAUGCCCAACGAGCGCGGCAACACCCAAACACCGGCCGACGUGCUCGAAGCCGUGACCAAGCUGCGAAAAGUAAACCAACAAAAUCAGAAAUUCCAAAAAGCGCAACUUGCUCAACACACUAAAACUCCCACCGACCCGAUGGACCUUGACUCAUCCGGUGCGGCAUCGGAGGAGACGCCCCCGUUUGACGGCAAGGACAAGGACGACCAGGACAAACCCUGGAUGCAAGGGCGACUCAUUCACCGCUCCGAGAGCGAUCUUAAGACGCAUACGUCGUACCUGGUCUUUGCGGUGCUGCCGCCGGAAUGGACCGACGAGGACGAGGCCAAGGCGUUGGCCAAGUGGCCGUGCGGCCAGGAGAGCAAGGUGAUUGGCAACGUGGACAAGGAGUCGCGCAAACGUGAAAAGAGGGAGAUGCUGGCGUCGCGGACCAAGAAGCGCAAGGUCAAGGGCAAACAGCUUGACGCGCAGACUGAGAAACACUUCGGGGAGGUUAUCAACAUGCAACUGCUGGUACCUCGGUUGGUGAACAUGCCAACAGAAAUUACACCUGGUCGCUUCCUCCAGCAGCGGCCCGCCCACCCCACCGGAAAUCGGAUAAACUCUGGUGGUGGCACGUCAAAUUUCAAGCUCCAGCCAGCCCAGACGAUCAUCCUGCAUUUUGUAUUCUUUUUCCCCCCACGUCACCGUCCUACACAACCCGACGACACACCGCCCAGCAUGACUUCGACAAUUGGUAUUCCUAUCAAGCUCCUGAACGAGGCUCAGCACUUCUACAGGGGCAUAUCAUUACUCUCGAGAUUACAUCUGGCCAGACGUACCGCGGCAAGCUUCUUGAAGGUGCGAUUCCCCUCCCGCACCCGACCUGCUCACUACAUGGUGGCCACCCAGUUGGCACGAAACCGAGAGAGCACCGUUACUAACUCUGCAUGUCGUGUAGCGGAAGAUAAUAUGAAUGUCCAGCUCAAGGACAUCACCGUGACGGCGCGCGACGGCCGCGUCUCCCACCUCGACCAGGUCUACAUCCGCGGCUCCCACGUGCGCUUCUUCAUCGUCCCCGACAUGCUCCGCAACGCGCCCAUGUUCCGCAGCAGCAACCUACGCGGCCGCGGUGUCGGCAUGGCCCGUGGCCGUGCCACCGUCAGCCGUGCCCGCGCCGGCGGUCGCGGUGGCGCUCGGUAA